CAAGUGUCGGCAAAAUGGCUGACAAAUUCGCUCGGUUCAAUGAGGACCGGGAUUUCCAGGGGAAUCACUUCGAUCAGUAUGAAGAAGGACACCUGGAGAUUGAACAGGCAUCCUUGGACAAGCCCAUAGAAUCGAUGUACCCAGGUUUCCGUGUAACAAAUUUUGCACACAACUUCGGGUGUCCACCAUUUCUCUUCUGCAGCAGUUGGGCCAUAAUUGCUAAGCAACCAUGAACUGGACAACAUUGGGCAUCGUUUGCUUCAGAAGCAUGGGUGGAAGCUUGGACAAGGUCUGGGAAAGUCUCUUCAGGCAUUUUGAUCGUGGAGAUGUUGUGGUGAUGGUAAACUUAGCAGUGGAAGGACAGAUCCUAUUCCGAUUAUCGUCAAAUAUGAUGUCAUGGGUAUGGGCCGGAUGGAAAUGGAGCUUGAUUAUGCAGAUGAUGCCACAGAACGACGCCGUGUUAUGGAAGUGGAGAAACAGGAUACUGAAGAACUUCGGCAAAAGUAUAAGGACUAUGCUGAAAAAGAAAAGGCAAUUGCAAAAGCUUUAGAAGAUCUAAGGGCGAACUUUUACUGUGAAUUGUGUGAUAAGCAGUACCAAAAACAUCAUGAGUUUGACAACCAUAUUAAUUCUUAUGACCAUGCUCAUAAGCAGAGAUUAAAAGACCUAAAACAGAGAGAAUUUGCUCGUAAUGUUGCCUCAAGGUCUCGAAAAGAUGAGAAAAAGCAGGAGAGAGCACUUCGGCGUCUCCAUGAGCUUGCAGAGCAGCGUAAACAACAGGAAUGUGCUCCAGGAAGCGGUCCAAUGUUUAAAACUACGACUGUGGCUGUUGAUGAAGAUGGUAACAACAGAAAAGUUGUCAGCACAAGUGAUAAUACUGGAGGAAAGAUGAGUGGUCCCACGUCACCUUCUGUUAAUAGGACCCUAUCUGAAAACACACUGGAAGAUAGCAGAGGAGAUGUGGACAACCCAAGCAAUUGUGUUACCAGAACCUCCACAGGGUUGCUUCAAAACAACCAGACAGUGCAACCUGUUAACAUCAGUCAGCUUAAGAGCAAUUCUGCUACUCCCUUACAGAAGCUAGGAGUGUCAUUUUCUUUUGCAAAAAAGGCACCAGUCAAGCUCGAUGUUUCAGCUUCAGUAUUCAGUGAUGUUGCAGAAGACCUCAAUGAAUCUGAAGCAACAAACCCAGAUGAAAAAAUGUCCUCUGGUCAAGGGUCACCAAAAUCAAUGGAGGCUGAAAUGGCAGCAACCUCAGAUAAGAUUGAAGGGGCCAGUCAAUCAGAAAGUGAUAAUGACUCGAUAAAUAGUACAUUAUCAAAAUUGAAAAAGAUGAUGAGGAAAGAGGAUGAUGUCAGUCAGUCAGAACCUGAGUACUAUCAUUACAUUCCUCCUGCUCACUGUAAAGUGAAACCUAAUUUUCCAUUUCUGUUGUUUAUGAAAGCAACAGAAGAGUCACACAAGUGUGGUAACAAGAAAAACUUAGAGACGACUAAAAACACCCAUGAUUUACAAAAUACUUUGAAGCUUCAGGAAAGCAAAGAAGAAGAACGCAUGGAAAAUGAGACUGCAGCUUUGCAACAGAAUAGUGACCUUACGGACGAUGCAACAGACCCAGACCUCAAAGAAGCUGAGUCUCCAGAGACUAUAAGGAAACAAAAUUGCAACACUGCACCAUCAAAGCCGAGUGCUUGUGAAGAAGGGAAGCAAAGCAGUUUAGCAAAGGAAGAUGACCUCAAUGGGCCUAAACAUCCAACCGGGCCGUUUUUCCCAGUCUUGAGCAAAGAUGAAAGUACUACUCUUCAGUGGCCCUCAGAAUUGUUGAUGAUUACAAAGAAUGAGCCAUGCAUCUCUUAUAGUUGCAAUCCACUCUACUUUGAAUUCAAACUGACUAGGAAUAAGGAUACCAAAGAAAAAAACAAGGAGAAAUACCCAGAGUCUUCACAUGAACAAAAUGCACAGAAUACUGAUACGGAUUCACAGGAGAAAACUAACACAAGCAUCAGCAAAACUGCGUCAAAGACAGUAGCAAGUGAGGGUGAUGUGAAACCUCAAGAACAGUCUAUCCCAACUGUAAGCAAAUGUGAAGCCCAAACAGGUGAAAGUGACAGAAGCACCAGUAAAAAAGAUAAGGGCAUGAAGUCACAUAAGCAUAAAAAGAAAAAGAAGCACAAAAAAUCAGGAAAACAUUUGAAAGAGAAAGCUACAGAGGGAAAGGAAAAGCAGAAGGAUGGUGAAAUGCAUGAUGAGAUGUCAAAGAAAAGGAAAAAGCGUAAACGUAAAAAUAAAGGCUUAAGUGAAAAAAUCAAAGAUACUAGUUCAGAACUUUCUGUUCCAAUACCUGCAAUUAAGUCUACGGAGGAAAGCAGCCAGACACAGAAGAAAAGACACAGAUCACAAGAUUGCCAUUAUUCACCUGGUACUGUCGAUGAUGGCAGUAGAAAAGAUGAUGUCUCUGAGGAACCCAUUAGUAAAAAGCAAAAGACAGGUUCCUGUAGUGAGUUAAGGAAACGAGUAUCUGCUCGGAAGGAUAGCCCAAGCAGGCAUAGGAACAGAGACAGCAGUCGAGAUGAAGAAUCUGAUAGCUAUGAUGAAUCUCAUAGAAAACGAUCCAGGCAAAAGUCAUCCUCCCGUUACAGUGAUGAUUAUGAUUCAAGGAGUGACAGAAGCUACUCUAGAAGGUCAAGAAGGCAUCGUUCAUCAUCCCAGCGGUCAUAUUCUUCUAGAUCUGAUAUAUCGUCAGACUGCAGUAGGUACAGUCGUAGAAGCUAUUCUAACAGUUACAGUGAUUACAGUGAAAGAUCAAAUCUCUCUAAACGAUCUCAUGAUUCAGAUUAUGACUAUAGACGGUCAAGGCACCGUGGCAAAAAGCACAAAUAUUCUUCUUCGGAUGAUGAAUAUAGACGAAGCAGAAGCAGGUCUAGCAGGAGCAGCAGGGAAAGUACUCAAACCAUCAGUAGAACACGCAGCCGAAGUCGAACUCGUAGCAGCAGCCAUAGUAGGAGCCGAAGCAAACGGCGUAGUGAAAGUACAACACAACGAAGCAGGAAACGGAGUCAAAGCUACAGCCACCACCGCAGGGGCAGUAUGAGGCGCCGUACCUCCCGAAGAUCAGUUUCAAGGGACAAAGGAUCACGUAGCCAUGACAGCUCUGGUGACAGACGGUCCAGUCGAAGAAACUCCAGUCGAUCUUUUUCACGAGAUAGGGUAUAUCGAUCAAAAUCUCCAUGUUACAGCCGAAGCAAAAUGUUGGGCAAGAAAGAAGACUACUCAAAAAAAGAAGAAAAUAAAGGAGAUGGAACAAAAUCAGGUGGUUCUUUCCACAGGAAUCUUAGUUGUACCUCCAGUAGUUCUGGAAAAGUGCAUGUGGAAAGUGAGAGAACACCAGAAGAAAGGAACUCCUUAACAGCCAAACAAUUGUUGGAAAAAAUUCAGUCUAAAAAGUUUGAAAAGAAGCCUGAAACAAUUAAUGAAACUGCAUCAGCAUCUAAUAAAGUAGGAAUUAAAUUAAAGGAUCCCCCACAGGGUUAUUUUGGGCCUAAACUUCCCCCAGCUUUAGGGAAUAAGGCAUUGCUUCCUUUAAUAGGAAAAUUACCGACUGUCAAAAAGCCUGCAACAAAGAAGUCAGAAGAUCUUUGCUCAGAGAAGGGGGACAAAGAUGAUGAGCUGUACUUUGUAGAGCCUAAAGAUGUGACAAAGGAGGAAGUCAGUCAACUAUCAAAUUGGAUAAUACAGGAAGAAAUUCAAAGUAGAGAAGAAAAAUCUGACAGUGAAGAAACAUCAGGUGAAAAAGAGAAAAUCCAAACCAUUUCUUGUGAAACUCAGUUUGUUCAUAAAAGUUUGGUACUUGGCACUCAAGCCAUCUCGGAUACCUAUAUUUCUGAUGUAAGUACAUCAACCGAAGUAAUCACAAAACCUUCAGAGUUAGGAGCACCAGAUGGUGAUGAAACCAUUAUGGUGCAUUUUGCACGAGAUCGAGAGCGAUUCCCCAAUUAUAUUCCAAAAGCUGAAGUUCAAGAAAUUGAAGAGGAUUCCCAAGAGGGUACAGAUUCAUCAGUGGCUCCACUUGAUAGGCAGCCUAUUACAUUCACUCCUGAAGAAAUGGAAAAAUACAGCAAACUACAACAGGCAGCUCAACAGCACAUCCAACAGCAACUUUUAGCUAAACAAGUGAAGACUUUCCCUACCUCAACUGCCAUUGCUCCAGCGCCAACUCUCCAGCAAUUUCAUAUUCAACAACCAUCAGCAGCUGCGACAGCAACAUCAAUCACUACUGUCCACCAUGCUAUUUUGCAGCAUCAGGCAGCCGCGGCUGCUGCCAUGGGUAUCCAUCCGCAUGCACACCCACAAACUCUUGCUCAAAUCCAUCACAUACCCCAGCCUCAUCUAACUCCAAUUUCUCUGUCCCAUAUUACACCAUCUAUUUACCCUACUCAUCCUGCCACUUUUCUAACUAGCCACCCAAUACAUAUUAUACCUGCAUCAGCCCUCCAUGCAGGACCUCUGGCUCUUCACCCAGUGCCACAUGCACUCUACCCAGCUUUGUUUGCCCCUCGACCUGCAGGAGCAGGUGCUUCUGCUCUUCAUCUCCAUCCUUUCCUCCAUCCUAUCUUUUCGAGUCAGGAACUCCAGCAUCCUCCUAGUCAUGGCACUUGAAGCAAGCUGCAGGGAAUGAAAAUAAUGACAUCUGUUCCUUUCGUAAGAUAAGUUAAUUAAUAUUUAGUCUGGUGUGAGAGUACUACAUUGAUGCAUUUCAGACUGAUUUUUUUUCCCCAACAGCCAAAGAGUUCAGGCUCAGGCCCUAGAAUAUGUUGCAUUUUCUGUGCUUGCAAUAUCAGGGAUUUCCAUUUUCUUUGUCAAAGCAGAUAUCAGAACCAAUUAUGUGGAUGUCCCAAAAUUCUCAAAAAUUUUACAUAACUUAAUUAUUAAUAACAGAAUGUACUGAUUUUAUCUUCAUGGUUUGACCUCCUUGUCCCAUUGCUAAUGCCCACCAUAACAAAGAGAAAUGCUUAUCUAUGUCAAUCUGCCGAAUUCUAUAGAAUCCUAAUAAUGUGUACACUGAUCUAAUAUGGUGGAGGAAACUGUUGCUUGAUGCAAGGGUUCUAAUAAAUGACGUUGAAACUGAGGAUCCCAUAACUUCUGAUCAGUAGCUGCAGAGUGUAAUCAUAAAGAUUACACAUUAUAUGCUUGCUGAUGUCCGUAAAUGAAAUGAAAUGGCACCUGUGGAGGUCCUACCUCAAUGUGGCAUGCCAAAGAAAUUUGGGCAAAUAAAGCUGACGAGUCCAGAUGUGAUGGCUCUAACAGCUCAGCUCUGCAGCAACAAACAUCUGAAUUCCAAAUGAGAGAUGCAGACUUUGGGGCCCUGAUGUGUUGAAACAGAAGUGCGGAGAAGCCUUAUUGUAACUUCUCAAAUUUUAGUUAAGCUAGCUUUGGUGUAGCAAUGGAAUUUGGAGAGAUGUCUAAAAUCUUUGCGAUAAAACGUCUAUUCCCACCUCUGUUGUAAAAUACAACAGUCUUUGUAUAAGUUAUAGGUUAUAAUUUAAAAAUUUGUGGAGAAAAUUGCACUGAACUCUGUACAGGUGAUGCUGCUUUUGUAGGUCCAUCCAAAACAAUGAUAUACGUACAUGCAGAGUGCUGCAAUAAUAUUUUUAAAGGAUGAAUUCAUUUGUUUUUGUGGUACUGUUCUAACAUAGUGCUUUGUGUAAAUAUGUUUGGAGGUUAAGCGAUCCCUUGUAUAGGUAGGCAUCAUGUUUCUGUUUAUGGCAGAAAUUAAGCAUGUAUAUUUUACCAAACGUAUUUUUUUUUGAAGUUUUAUGUACUGUAAAUGUAAAAUUUUUUGAAGUUCGUUUUAUUUUGAUUUUGCAAAGUAUUCAGUGUAAAGCAACUCUGCAAAACAUGCUUGGGAGAAAGUGGUGAAUCAUUAAGCUAAUGCAUACAGACACAGAACUGACAGCUGCAGAAUUUAUAGUUGAUCAUAUUAACCAAAUCAUGUUGCUCAUCAUGAUAAAAUUGAGUUUAAAUAACUUUAUGCCAUGAAAAUCAUUGGUAAUGCAGUCACCUGCCUUCGUAAAUUGUAUACCUAGACCAAUUCAGAUAGUUAUAUGGUUAUCAACCCUGCUUACUCUUUAAGGUUGAAUAUAUUUUACAAACUGGUUUGUACUUAGUAGCCAAGUUUCACUUAGUGGCUCACCAAGGAUAGGGAGCUUUUCUUCGAAACAUGCUUUUCCUACAGUUUUAACGUAAGUAUCACGUGCUUGGAUCCCUGGAAAGUGUUCAUCUCUUGAGAGUUAGUUAUACUGAUAACUGUAUGUAGAAACUGUUUACACUAUGAAAUUAACCCCAAUUUUUCAACAAUAUCCAUUUUAAUUUACUUAACCAUUCUUAUGGUUAGUAUCUGGGGGGUUCAUUCUUGGAUUCAGGUUGUUAUACAAUGGUGAUAGAUAAUAACAAACUGUCUUCCUUUCAAAAUGCUGAACAAAAUGAAGUGGAUUUGUUAAAUUCAGGUUUGAAAUUCCAAUUUAUCAACAGAUGGAUGAAAAUUUAAUUGCAUUUGGGUGAGAUUGGCAGUUAUAGGGUGAUCAGCCAUUUGAAUUUGAAUUUCAUCCAAUAAAACACCUUUGUUUUUACAAUUUUUAAAGCUUAUAACAAGAAAAUUGUAAAUAAUUUUAUUAAAUAUAGUAAUAAAAAUGCAGUAUUCAAGGUCCUGGUACCUACGAAAAUACUAGGGAAUUUGUAAAGCAAGAUCUAUACAUAGACUUGCCUGGACUCAUUGCUAGUCUGAGGACUUUAUGGAGUUUGCAAGCCAUGAUGAGAAAGAGCAUGAAGAUUUAAAUCUGGAAAAAGACAAACAUUUUUUUAAAAUAAAGUUGGAAUACCCUAACCUUUACUAAUGUCUUUUGAUGUUUUCUGAUGAUGUCAGUUCUGUUUGAUCUUGAGUUUUUUGAUUCCAUUUUGUAUCCUAAAGCACCCUGACACCUUACAAAGCAGCAGCUUCCAUCUGUUUUAAAAUAUUAUAUAACAAAACUAGAAAGAAAUGUAACUAGCUUAUUGCUUAUUUUAUUUAACUUCCUGUCACAAGAACAUGCAAAAUAUUACUGUACAAUAGGAGAAAACCUUUAUAACAAUAAAGUAUGGAUAAUUUGUGAA